UUUUUUUUUAUUCUUCAUGUCUUUCAAGUCAAAACAAAGAGCCAAACACGGUCACUUAUUUGGAGAUGAUCCCUUAAGUGCAGCACUUGUGUCUUCCUCAGAUGAUCCUUUACUUACCAACAGUAGUCAAAGUAGCAGAACAAGUUCACCACAGGAUCCUCUUUCGCGUCCUGAUAGCAGCAAUAGUACACCUGUUUUUGGUCGUAAAACCAACGGUAUUUUUGGUGAUAUUGAUGUCAGUAAACUAAGCAACAAAAGAAAUACGUCAUUACGUUCCAAUACGCUCAAGAAGCAUUAUGAUAUAGAGGAUGAGGAGGAUUUAUUUGGUGGAGGAAGGAAAAAGACAAGCAGCAAAACAUCCUCUGUUCAUAAAAAGAGUCCAGUAUUGGCAGUGAAUGAUCAUUUAGUAGAUAUACCACCUGUGAAUAACAGUUAUUCCCAACCUACUUUGCCUGUAAAAGACGAUAGAGAGCCUAAAGCAGUAGAGACUAAAAUAGAACCCAAAGUAGAGCUUAAAGUAGAGCCUAAAGCAGUAGAGACUAGAAUAGAGCCUAGAGUAGAACCCAAAGCGGAAGAACAAAAACCAAAAGUAGAGCCACCACAAACAAAACAAUCCUUGUCUACUUCUUCUACCUCUUCUUCUUCCUUUUUUCGGUUCUUUAAAUCCAAUAAUAACAACCCAAAACCCGCUUCUCCAUCACCAUCCGUCAAAUCGAUUCAAACGUCUCCUCCUGUUGCUGCUGUUGUUGUUAACAAAGUCAAUGAUCCUAUUGAACAACCUUCUCCAGCACCCAUUUCAAAACCCAAUCUAAAAAAGAAACCAGAGCCAGAGCCAGAGCCAAAACCAGAACCAGAACCAGAACCAACUGUGGUAAUUGAAGAUGAAGCAACAAGAGCAUUUGCAGACGAUGUCAUGACAUUUAAGCCUAAACCAGCUCAGUAUUUUGACGUGACACCUGAAUUAAGUAUGGAUGCACUCAGGAUAGAAGACAAUACAGCCAAUAAACGGUUGGUUCCUUCUGUCAGUACACCCACACACUCUGUAGAUGAUCCUUGGUCUCAAAUUGUACAAUUAGAACCCUCUGUGAGCUCACCUUUAGUGGUCAAAGUACAAGAUAUUGAACCACAAAAGAGAACUGCUUUUGCAGAUUUGAUUACUAGUUGGAAUACAGGUCAAUCCAAUCGUAUUGAAGAAGAACAAGAAGAUGAAGAUGGAUUUUUUGAUCAUGUAGCUGAAGAAAGAAGGGAUAUUGGAUUUGCUGGUAUUGGACAAAAAGAAGAUACUCACUCAACGCAUGAUAUGAUGAGGCCUAUGGAUUGGGAUAAUCCUUGGGAUGAAUAA